UGGUCCGCUAGCGUCCCGUUACCAUGGUAAUCCGUAGGCCCAGCACCAGAGGACGCGGAGCGGAAACUCAGUCAGGACUCAGAGAUCAAGCUGUGACCUUCAUCCUCACCUCACCUCAAGCAUGUCAUCGUCUCCGAGGGUGGGCGUGGUCAGACGCUCAAUGCUGAACGACCCACUGCUCAUCAAGGCACCUCUUGGGCGCUCCCGGUCCAGAGGACUCGCCAUUCCUGAUCUGGGCUUCACUUUUGGAGUCAGCAGCAACUCGCUCAGAGAUGGAGGCGUGGCCGAGGCUCUGUCCAGCUGGAACGUUCAGCCCCAGCAGGAAGAAUCUGCUGUUCAAGUUCCAGACUUCGUGUCUCUGAACCGGGAGGCAGUGAAGUCCGGGAUGGUGAAGCCCAAAGAGCUGAGUCAGUACCGGGCUCAGAGGGCACAGUGCGCCACCUCCAAACAACGGGGCAGCAGGUUUCCGCAACACCCAGAUCAGGUGCCUGACAUCACUUUUGGAGUCAGAAACAGGCCGUCGUCUCCAAUCUCAGGCCUCCUGUCUCAUCAGUAUGCUCAGCGCUGGCUGGAUGAUCAGCUGAGCAAGAAUCAAACUGGCAACUGCAAACACAAGAUUAAACCAGGUAGUAUUACAGAAACCAGGACCAGCCUCCUGAGGAGGAGCAAAUCUCUGCCAGUUAUAGAAAGACGACCUAAACCAGCCCAUUUCGCACAGGUGGGUCCGGCUCUCGACACUUUCAGGGACCAGGAGGCUCGUCUGAGGGCGUUCAGGGGUCGUCACUCAGAUUCUCAAUCCAGGACUCAGCAUUCAGUUCUGGGGACGGACUGUCGUGAAGAGCCUGAGCAGAAAAUGGACUGAACCACUCUGAGGAUAUUUUAGUGUGUUUAAUAUUUUUAUUGAAAGUUUGCAUUACAAAAAUACAAAUGUACAGAAAUUACACAUGAGAAAAGUAAGAAAAAAUAUAGUAAUAAUAGUUAAUAAUAAUAAUAAAAAAAAGAAAGAAAAACCCACCCCAUAAUAAUAAACAAACCCAGUCCUCACUGUCAUUUAAGUAUUGUGCAAAAAACGCAAAGCAGUAUAUGCUGCUGUAUACCUGAUCGACCAGUGUCUCUAAAAACCCUCUAUUCCUGAACCUGCUU